UGCCGGGCCGGCCCCGCCCCCUCUCCCCGCCCCUCGCGCGCAGCUCGCGGCGGCCAUCUUUACUCCGGUCACGUAGGGUUCCCGCGGCCACAGCGGCUGGGGUUGUCGUGGCCACGUUAAAUUCGGGCAAGGGCUUCCCUCUGUUCUGUUUCCGCCGUUCCGCUUCCUGCCGAGGCCGGCGCAGGCGGCCGCGCUCCGAAGGACGCCGCCGGGAGCUGCGGAGCAUGCUUGGAGUGGCAGUGCUAACGGCUGCUGUCUUGCACCCUUGGUUCUGUGAAGGUGCCUGAAGUUGUAAGCCCCAAAUGGCUGGAAAGAGGUCAUCAGGCAGGCGGCCCCUGCUGCUGUGGCUGCUGGUGGCAGUAGCUGCUAUCCAUCUGGUCACCUGUCCCUACACCAAAGUGGAGGAGAGCUUUGCCCUGCAGGCCACGCAUGACCUGCUCUACUACCGGCAGGCCUUGGGGCAGUACGACCAUCUCGAGUUCCCUGGGGUUGUCCCCAGGACCUUCCUGGGGCCGGUGGUGAUUGCCACGUUGUCCAGUCCCGCGGUUUUCGUGCUUUCACUGUUGGAGACGUCCAAGUUUUACUCUCAGCUAAUAGUUAGAGGAGUGCUUGGACUUGGUGUCAUUUUUGGACUCUGGACAUUACAAAAGGAAGUAAGACGGCAGUUUGGGGCGGUGGUGGCCACCAUGUUCUGCUGGGUGACGGCCUUGCAGUUCCACCUGAUGUUCUACUGCACGCGGACACUGCCCAAUGUGCUGGUCCUGCCCAUGGUCCUGCUGGCCCUCUCCGCCUGGCUGGGGCAUGAGUGGGCCCGCUUCAUCUGGCUGUCGGCCUUCGCCAUCAUCGUGUUCAGGGCAGAGCUGUGCCUGUUCCUGGGCCUCCUGCUGCUGCUGGCUUUGGGCAGCCGAAAGGUUUCUGUGGUCAGAGCCCUUCGCCACGCAAUCCCAGCGGGGGUCCUCUGUUUAGGGCUGACAGUCGCCGUGGACUCUUAUUUUUGGCGGCAGCUCAUGUGGCCAGAAGGAAAAGUGCUUUGGUACAACACCGUCCUGAACAAAAGCUCCAACUGGGGGACCUCCCCGCUGCUGUGGUACUUCUACUCAGCCCUGCCUCGCGGCCUGGGCUGCAGCCUGCUCUUCAUCCCAAUGGGCUUGAUGGACAGAAGGAUGCACCCGUUGACAGUGGCGGCUUUCGGCUUUGUGGCCCUGUACUCCCUCCUGCCGCACAAGGAGCUGCGCUUCAUCAUCUACACCUUCCCCGCACUCAACAUCACUGCCGCCAGAGGCUGCUCCUACCUGCUGAAUAACUAUAAAAAGUCUUGGCUGUACAAAGCGGGGUCUCUGCUUGUGAUCGGACAUCUCCUGGUGAAUGCUGCCUACUCGGCCACUGCCCUGUAUGUCUCCCAUUUCAACUACCCGGGUGGCGUGGCGAUGCAGAGGCUACACCAGCUGGUGCCCCCCAAGACAGAGGUCCUUCUACACAUUGACGUGGCAGCCGCCCAGACAGGUGUGUCUCGGUUUCUCCAAGUCAACAGCGCCUGGAGGUACGACAAGAGGGAGGACCUGCAGCCUGGGGCAGGCAUGCUGGCAUACACGCACAUCCUCAUGGAGGCGGCCCCUGACCUCCUGGCCCUCUACGGGGACACGCACCGGGUCCUGGCCAGUAUUGCAGGCACGACAGGAGUGGUCUUCAAAAAGUUCAUGGAUUUCAAAAUUCUUCGCACCAAAAUAAACUCAUACUAACUUGUUAUAACAUGUCUGAAUAGCUCUGGUUUGAGGCAAUAAGACAUCAGUUUGAAAAGAACUCCUACCAGAACAUGAAUUCUGCUAAAACUGAAGGGAAAGCAAGCAUGAAAUCUGCAGUGAACCUUGGGUGAAAGAAUGGUGAAAAUCGCUGAUGCUUUACGAAGUGUAUGAGGACAGUGCCCUGAAGAAAUCAGCAGUGUAUACGUAAACACCUCGUUUUAAGAAGGGACGAUGAUGAAGAUGAAGACCACAGUGGCAGCAUCUCCAUCAGUUUGCAAGGAAAACGUUCAUCUUGUUCAUGCUUUGAUUAAAGAGGGCUGAUGAUUAGCAGCACAAAAAAAAAAAAAAAACCAGCCAAGCCCACAGACACCUCAACGGGUUCAAAACUGAGGCUGAGCCAGCUUUCCACUCGACGGGUGCCAAAACUGGUGCCAGAUCAGCUGCACACAAGAGCAGGGCUUUCAAUGGGACUUUUAAACAAGUGUCAUCAAGACCCCGAAGCAUUUCCUUGAAUUGUAGCAGGAGAUUGGACAGGGCUUUACCAGCACCAUCCUCAAGACAAACCACAGCCAAAGCAAUGGCUGCCAAGAGGUGGGAGUGGCCCGGCCAAGGCGGAUGUGGACAAGUCAAGAGCCAAGGUCAUGGCAACAGGAGCAUUCUUGGGAUGCUGAAUGCAUUUUGCUUGUUGACUUUAUGGAGGGCCAAAGAACAAUAACAUCUUAUUGAGAGUGUUUUGAGAAAGUUAGUCAAAGCUUUAGCAAAAAAAAAAAAACAAAACACCAAACACCCGGAACACCCCACCAGUGUCUCUCCACGAUGACAGUGCUCCUGGCUCAUUCUUCUCAUCAAAUAAUGGCAGUUCUUCAGUAGUUUUGUUGGGAAAUCAUUAGGCAUCCACCUUGCAGUCUGAUUUCACUCCUGACUUGCUUCCUCAUUUAAAAAAUCCUUAAAGGCACUCAUCUUUCUCUUCAGUUAAUGUUAAAAAGGCUGCACUGACAUGGUUGAAUUCCCAGCACCCUCAGUUCUUUAGGGAUGGACUAAAUGGCUGGUGUCACAGCUUACAAAAGUAUCUUGACCUUGAUGGAGCUUACACUGAGAACUACAAACGUCUGUUGGUGCUGGUGGCGGUGGUAGUGGUUUUAAGAGACAGGAUCUUGCUCUGUUGCCAGGCUGGAGUGCAGUGGUGUGAUCAUAGCUCACUGUGACCUCCAACUCCUGGGCUCAGGUGAUCUUCCUGCCUCUGCUUCCCAAGUAGCAGGGACUACAGGCAUGCACCACCACACCUGGGUAAUUUCCUGAACUCCUGGCCUCAAGCAGUCCUCCCACCUCAGUCUCCCAAAGUGCUGGGAUUACAAACAUGAGCCACUGUGCCCAGCCAAGAAAUAAAGUUUUUAUUUUUUGUUUUUAUCUUUUACUUCAAUAUUUCCACACACUUUUAAAAGUCCCUUCAUGUAAUGACCGGUAAUUUCAUUCACUGAAGAGACAGUUCCGAGGCUCAUACAAAGGGCUUUUUAUCUGAGACAGACCUGAGAAAGUUAAGGAACCUGCCUAAAACAUAAUUUCCAGGCAGGAAACAGCAGCUAGGGCUUUGAAUGGAGAGGCAAGGGGGAAUGGCUAAGAAGAAUAAACACAGUUUCUAGUUGCACCCACAGUCCCCUCAUUCAAGUACAGUGAGGUCAUGUGACUGUCAGCGCAGGGCCUCUUGUCCAUCUUCCUGCAGGACUGUCAGCAACUGGAGGGCACGGUCCGACCAUCUCAACAAACGUCCACCAGCCGAAUGAGCGGAAUGUACGACUCUCCUAGUGUCACUCAAGAGGGGCCAUGUUUUCUGUUGAGUACAGCAGCCCUCAUUUUCUCUGCAGUCCCCUUUUAUACAGUGACUCAGACACUUCAACUAAAAAUACAGCAGCAUGAGGCUGAAGGUUACAACAAACAUAAAGGCCGCCAGCUCGAGGACCAGCAAACUUGCUGUUCUGGAAAGCGCCACACCGUAUUUUCAGCCCUGUUUGGCCCUUUCAGUGGGCCUGUGGUCUCUGUCACACUACUUGGUUCUCCUGUCACAGCCUGAAAGUAGCCAAGACAACAUGUUAACGGCUGUGUGGCCAGGCGCGGUGGCUCACGCCUGUAAUCCCAGCACUUUGGGAGGCCAAGGCGGGUGGAUCUUGAGGUCAAGAGAUCAAGACCAUCCUGGUCAACAUGGUGAAACUCCGUCUCUACUAAAAAUACAAAAAAUUAGCUGGGCAUGGUGGCGCGUGCCUGUAAUCCCAGCUACUCAGGAGGCUGAGGCAGGAGAAUUGCCUGAACCCAGGAGGCGGAGGUUGCCGUGAGCCGAGAUCACGCCAUUGCACUCCAGCCUGGGUAACAAGCGCGAAACUCCAUCUCAAAAAAAACAAAACAAAACAAAAAAACGGCUGUGACUAUUCCAAGAAAAUUUCACUUAGAAAAACAGGCAGAGGGCCAGACCGGCCCAUGGCCGCAGCCUGCCAAUCCUGGAGUAGACAAUCUGCUCUGAGAGACCAGAGACUGUCCACGGAAAUCUCUGCUGCGCCCCAGGAACCAGCCCAGGCCCUGCAGAAAGGAGGGCACUUCCUCUCAGUUGAAUGACUGAGUGGAUGUGAUUCUGCUACAGUUAGCUGUGCUGGCUUGUUUUACAGAGAAAAUCCAUGAAGCUCAAUAUCCCAAAAUUCUAAGGAUAUUACCACCCCAAAUACAAUCUUAAGAAAUACAGGACUGCAAGCCAGCUGUGGGCACACCUGAACAAGAACUGUGGCUGCCUCCUAUUCUGGGCACAACCCCUUCUAUCCCAGGAGGGCACUGGCCAGGGCUGCUGGCGAGGGCGAGAUGGCUGGGCCAUGGACCCCAGUUCCUCUGCAGCCUCACAGGCACUGUCCCCAGUCAGCACUCCUGGGCACUCACAGUAACAAGUGCACAGCAGACGGGUGAGAGGGCAUCAGGAAGGACGUGCAGAAGCCUGCUGCAGCCAAGACAACCCUCGGGGCUGGCCACCAGCUCCUGCAUUCUGCCAUCACCUCAACACGAGACCUGGAAAGUCACUGCCAUUACCACGCUUGGAACUGCUGUUGUAACAAUCACACCUCCACUUCCCCCAAGACCUGUCUGGGGUUAAGGUGGAAUUUCAAAUGCUGCACAAGUAUGGGCCACAAAGAAUAUGCCUGUUUUAUUAGCCUAAAAAUAAAAAGCCAGUGUCUGCCAGCAAUAGAAAAUUGCAAAUAAAAAGUUUAAUUUCAGAAACUGAGUUCACCAUUUAUAAAUACACUAAAACAUAGUGGAUGCAAAUUGAGAUUAAGCGGAGGUACAGUAUUUCAGCAAAACAACUUUACUAAAAGGCUGUAGGCAAACGAGUGAUUUGUCUAACCCAGAGCAUUUAACUGGCUUAAAACGAGAAAAUGAAUCUUUUUCCUCUGAAGACAUAAUUGUUAAAAGAAUCUGAUAACUGAUACUUCAUUCUGAUGUCCUUGGGAUUCUAAAAUAUCCCAGCGAUGGCUGAAUCUUCCCUAUCAUUAAAAAAAAAAAAAAAAUCUAACACCUAAGGCUAUUCUUACAAC